GACGGAGGCUCAAGAGCCGAUGGAGACCGUCAUCUUGGAGAAGACGAUCAUCAAGCUGGGCUCGCUCCUGGCGCUGGGAUUUGGCGAGGCUGGUGCGAACAUCGUCAGCUCCAACAUGGACGGUGCCAAUUCCGGGGUGAAUGCCAUGGUGGAAGGCUCUAUGGUGAACUGCAUUGCCGGGAGCCCGGUGGGAGUCGUGCGGAUUCUCAACUUCAGCACAGCGACAGAAGUGCUGCAGGGUAAGGUCAUGACCUUCGUGAACCAGAUAGCAGAGAUUGUCCACGGCGUCGUUGACGAGUGCUGGGGCGCCGUCAACAAGAACGACGGUGGGCGCUUCAAUCCAGAGUUUCAGUGUGACAAUUUCUUGGUCAUUUGGAGACUGGGGGACUUGUCUGCCAAUGAGGCUCAGGGCCACCCGAAGACUCGAGCACUUCGCACCUCCCUCUUUCUCUUGACUCCAGCCAAGCAUCCAACUCCCAGCGCUGAAGCGAACCAUGCCGCGACGGCAGACGAAGUGAGCGACAAAGUCAUCGUCCGAGAACUCUGCGUGAAGAUGAGCGACCCCCUGGAAAUAGCAACGAGCAGAAGUGCUUUAGCCAAGGCUAUGGAUCCCGCACUGCACUCAAUGUUGGUCCUGUUUGGUCUUGCAUCACACGCGGACAGAAAACCGGUACCAGAGAGAAUGCCGGCCGGCCAUGAUGGGCCAUCGUUGCAGAUCAGGCGCCCGAGCGUGGCCUUGGUAGUGCUGACGGCCUUGACCUUCCCCUUGGCCGCAGGGGGAACACCGGAGGAAGGCGGCUUGAUCGACCGCGUGGAGUUGGUUUGGCCCAUGGUGCUCAUGCACCUUCCACUGCCUGUGGACAAAGGGGAGACUCAGGAAGAUGUGGAUGCUCUGCUUCGUGAGCUUGCCGACAUCGGUGAGAAGGGCUUUCUCACAUACCUCGAGAAGGUCCUUCCGCAUGAGCUCGAAGUGGACGAAGAGUUUGCCGAGGAAUUCAGAGGCGCAGACGAGAGCCGAUGGAACGACGGUUUCUUCAGGUGGCAGAAGCGAGUGUACUCCAGGCUUUCGAAGAUUCGAGUCGAGGAGAUUCUUUGGGAUGGAAAACCCGUCCCAGCUCUCCCGGGUGUUAGCUAUCGAUGGGACGAACUCCACAAGUUUCAGGGGAUGAAGAGGGUCAUGAAGAAGAUCUUCGGGCAAGUGGCUGCUUACAAGCACGCUUCGGACGCAACGCUGGAGUCGAGCGACAGCAGGAAAGGACGAUUCAUUCCCUGGGUCGAAGUGUACCGGCCGCGCGACUUCCACCAUCCGCACACCCACACCGGGUCGCCCAUCGUGGGCACCCUGGUGCUGAGGUGCGGGAAGCAGAAGCAGCGGCUGGUCUUCGAGGAUCCGCGGGGCAUCAACCCUCCCUUCGGGCGGAAGUACCAUGUCGAUGUGCGAGAAGGUGAUCUGCUUCUCUUUCCUUCAUGGGCUUCGCAUUUCGUUGACCCUAACAGGGGAAACGAGACGCACGUUUUCCUGAGCUUCGCAAUUCAGGGACACGGAGGGCCUCAAGAAUUUGACUGGGAGGACGACGGCACAGGUGCCGUCGUGAAGAAAAUGGACAAGAGAAUUCGAGCGAAGGCGAAGAAGGGGACCGCCGCACCACCCAGAAAGGAGCGAAGUGAGCUGCUCGACUGCGACAUGGAGCUGCUUUUGACGCUGCAGCGGCAGGUGGUGGAGCCUGCUGUCUCAGAGAUAGCGGAGAUCCACUUCAACUUUACCAGCGGCAGACAGCAGGAGGUUAUCGAGCGCAUGUCGGUCUUCCAGGAUUUCGAGAAAUGGCAAGGGCAGAGUCAUGGAGUAAAGCAGGUUGGCAAUCGCAAGACACGCAAAAGUGCAAUUAGUGUGCUGGAGCCAGUGCCUCAGAGCCUGGAGGCUUUCCUGUACAGAGUCCCUUCGAUGGGUCUUCUUGCUUCAUCGGAGGGCUUGGAUCCGGAGGCUGCAGGCCUGGAAGCCUGGGUGGUGGAGUCCAGACGGAGUGGCGGACGCAUGCAGGCCUCUACCUUCACCUCGGUCGAGACCCUUGUUGAGCGUUUCAUGAACAUGGCCCUCGACUUCGUGCGAUCUUUGGCAGAGGACAUGGGCCUCAUGUUCCGGGCACCCAACUAUGUUCCACGCGAGCUUACACCUGCAGGAGCUUCCGACACCGACGAGCACCUGGCGGAGAACUCGCUCUGGACUGUCGACGUUUUCAGGGACUCUGUCGAUGGACUGGCCCUGAAGCCCGAGUUCCUGAACAUGCUGCUCCAGAUGCCAGCUCCCCUCGCCCAUGCGCCCUUACAUCCCGACUUCAAAGUCUGCGAGUCCCUUCCUGAAGUCACCUCGGCCAUCGCCCGAGUGUUCUUCCUCUUGAUGUGCGGCCGCCAAGUCUAUGCAAGACGCCAGAGGUCCCACUUGGAACAUCCACUGAGUUUCUGGAUGAAGUCGGAGGCCAUGCAAGGGCGAAUGUUGGUCUGA